GUUAUUUUAAGUAGGGAAGUUUGCCGGCGUGGUAGGCAGCCUCACUCACAUUGGUGUCCUCCGUACGCUCCUGUUUAGCCUUCCCGCUUCUGCGCAGCUCGACCCGGCCAAAGCUAUUCAGCCUGCCCCCUGUGUCUAUUUGCCCCUUGUGAGCAGCAUGUCUGAUUACGGCGCUCUGCCGACAAACGGAGUCGGCGCUGGGAUGAAAAACGACGCUUUUGCAGAUGCUGUACAACGAGCUAGACAGAUUGCGGCUAAAAUCGGUGGAGACGGUGUUCCCUCAGUGAGCAACAACGGAGGUGCUGAGAGCUAUCCAUUCGCAGCACAGAAACGAUCCCUGGAAGAAGCAGAUGAACCCGAUGCUAAGAAGGUAGCAUCACAGAGCGAAAUAGAUUCAGCAUUGUCUAUUGGAGCUCAGCUAGCUGCUCUGUCCCAACAAAGGCCCUCCACAAUGACAGAAGAGUACAGGGUGCCCGAUGGCAUGGUUGGUCUAAUCAUUGGCCGAGGAGGUGAACAGAUUAACAAAAUACAACAAGAUUCUGGCUGCAAGGUCCAGAUUGCGCACGACAGUGCUGGUCUUUCAGAAAGAAGUGUUUCUCUGACCGGGUCACCAGAUGCUGUACAGAGAGCCAAGGCACUUAUCGAUGACAUAGUGUCAAGGGGUCAUGAGUCAACCAAUGGGCAGUCAGGUUCCAUGCAGGAGAUGAUCAUCCCUGCGGGCAAGGCCGGCCUUAUUAUAGGCAAAGGAGGAGAGACCAUCAAACAGUUACAGGAGCGGGCUGGAGUUAAAAUGAUUCUCAUUCAAGAUGGAUCCCAGCCACCCAACAUUGAUAAACCCCUACGCAUCAUUGGAGACCCCUUCAAAGUGCAGCAAGCUAAGGAGAUGGUCAAUGAGAUUCUACGAGACAGGGAUCAUGCUGGUUUUGGAGACCGGAGUGAAUAUGGAUCAAGGAUGGGGGGAGGAGGAGGAGGCGGAGGUGGUGGCGGUGGCGGCGGCGGCAUAGGUGGUGGCGGCAUAGGCGGUGGUGGCGGUGGCAUCGAUAUAGCUGUGCCUCGCCAUUCUGUGGGAGUUGUAAUUGGCCGAAGUGGGGAGAUGAUCAAGAAGAUCCAGAGCGAUGCUGGAGUGAAGAUACAGUUUAAACCAGAUGAUGGUACAGGUCCUGAUAAAAUAGCCCAUAUUAUGGGUCCACCAGACCAGUGUGAGCAUGCUGCCUCAAUCAUCACUGACCUGCUACAGAGCAUCCGUGCCAGAGAGGAGGGUGGACAGGGGGGUCCCUCAGGUCCUGGUGCAGGGAUGCCGCCUGGUGGGCGAGGACGGGGUAGAGGCCAGGGCAACUGGGGUCCUCCAGGAGGAGAGAUGACUUUCUCAAUUCCUGCCCACAAAUGUGGGCUUGUCAUCGGCAGAGGAGGAGAGAAUGUCAAAUCCAUCAACCAACAGACCGGUGCAUUUGUGGAGAUAUCUCGUCAGCCUCCGCCAAAUGGAGACCCGAACUUCAAGCUGUUCACCAUCCGAGGGUCCCCCCAACAGAUUGAUCAUGCGAAGCAGCUUAUAGAAGAGAAGAUUGAGGCUCCGUUGUGUCCAGUGGGGGGCGGUGGUGGUCCUGGUCCUGGUCCAGGAGGCCCAGGAGGCCCAGGUGGUCCAAUGGGUCCCUAUAAUCCCAACCCUUAUAAUGCAGGGCCUCCUGGUGGUGCUCCUCAUGGUGCCGCACCUGGUGGCCCCCAGUUUUGUCCUCAGGGUUGGGGAAACACCUAUCAGCAGUGGCAAGCCCCAAGUCCACAUGACCCUAGUAAGGCAGCGGCAGACCCAAAUGCAGCAUGGGCAGCCUACUAUGCACAGUAUUAUGGCCAACAGCCAGGGGGUGCCAUGGCAGCCCAGACUCCAGGAGCCCCUGCAGCUGCAUCACCAGGGGAUCAGAGCCAAGCAGCACAGGCCUCUGGGGGUCAGCCAGACUACACUAAAGCCUGGGAGGAGUACUACAAAAAGAUGGGCAUGACCCAGCCAGCUGGAGGGGCAGCAGCUGCUCCAGGUGCAGCAGCAACUGCCACAGCAGUGGCCGCAGCAGCCGCAGGAGGAGGGGGGGCUGCAGCUGGAGGCCAGCAGGACUACAGCGCAGCCUGGGCCGAAUACUACAGACAGCAGGCUGCCUACUAUGGACAGGGAGGACAGGCACCUGGACAGGCACCUGGUCCACAGCAAGGACAACAGGCCCAGUAAACGACGGACUUGGACGGUUGCGAUGGCUCUCUGGACUUGUUUGUUCUUUUCUAUCAAGAGAUUUCCUUUUUGGCUUUAAUCGGACAAGACCAUGGUUUACUCAUCCACCUCGACAUUUUCUAUUCCAACAUUGUUGUUUGGGUUUUUUUUUUAAAGUCAAAAUUGUAGAAAGGAAAAAGGGAACACAUUUUGCCCAUGCAUUGAACAAAGCACUAAAUAACUACUUGGGUUAUAAUUCAGUUUGCCCCUGAAUCAGUUUUCACCUCACCCACACCUUGGUAGACAUCCGAUCCUUUUUUAAAAUGUGAAAUAAUAAGCAUCUUUGCUUGCAAGCUAGCACAACAACACCAUCUCAACACUGACUUACGUUUAAGUAGUUUUUCCCCAUCAAUUUCCUGAGGGUAAAAAAACAGUCUAGCAGUAUUUUGAAUAUAUUCAGAAAUUAUGUUUGUAAGAAAAAAAUACAGAAAUGUGGGUCUCUUUUUUUUCUUUUUCUUGGUCUUUUUUUUUUUAAACUUCAUUUUUAAAAACAUUCCCAGUGUUUAAGUUGCAGGUGUAUUUCUACCUGCUAUUAUGAUUUCUUAGUUUUAAUUUUAUUCAUUGUAAUUAUUUUCUGUAAGGGGGGGGGUCGUGUGUCUGUAUACAGUGUAUGCUACUGAACAGAAAAAUGUGUGAAAGUUGGCUGUAAUAAGGCACUAAACUGUCCUACAGUAUGUAGGCUGGUUGUGUGUGCAUGUAUGUGUUUGUGUGCUUGCCUGCCCUCGAUUUAAUUUCAUUAUUGUUGGAGAUUUUUUUUUUUUUGUUCCGAUAGGUUCCGUUACUGUAUGCUGAUUUUUUUUUUUUUUUUUAAUGUUAUUUUUUACAGCUUGUUUUUAAAUACUUAAAUAAAAACAUUCAAAUUA